AUGCGGUCGGGCCGAGUUCAGAAAGAAACGAGAGCGUUUGAGUCUGUUGGGAAGCAAUCAAUUGAUGGCGGGCGAGUCGUAAUUGAUGUACGCUUCGAGAAGAGCCGACGCGAUGGCGGUUUUGUGACCCGUUGGCAAUGGCAAGUACACUCGCCGGCCGACGAGCUAAAGGAGAGCUUCAACUAUGGUCUGUUCUGCCCUCCUGUCAACGGCAAGGCCGGCAAGUUUCUCGACGAAGAGCGGCGCCUUGGCGAUUAUCCCUUCAACGGACCUGUCGGCUAUCUUGAGUUGAAGUACAAACGGCGCGUGUACAAGAUGCUGAAGCUGGACGAGAAGACGAUGAAGACGCUGCACUCGCGCGCCAACCUCCGCCGGUUCCUGGAGCACGUGACGCACUCGCAGAUAGACAAGAUCACGAAGGCCUGCGCCAAGGGGCUCGAUCCCAACUUCCACUGUCAAGACACCGGUGAAACGCCUCUAACUGUGGCGGCUGGUCUGAAGUCACCCAGCAAAGUCCUAAUAGCGCUCGUCAACGGCGGCGCUCUCAUCGACUACCGGACGAAAGAUGGCAGCACUGCCCUCCAUCGCGCUGUUGAGAAGAAUUCUCUGGAAGCCGUCAAAACGCUCCUAGAGCUCGGAGCGUCGCCCAAUUACAAGGACAGCAAGGGAUUAACGCCCUUAUACCUGUCCGUUACGAACAAAACGGACCCGUUAUUGUGUGAGACCUUAUUGCACGAUCACGCGACGAUCGGUGCCACGGAUUUGCAAGGAUGGCAGGAAGUGCAUCAGGCGUGCCGCAACGGGCUGGUGCAACACCUCGACCACCUGCUGUUCUACGGGGCUGAUAUGAACGGGAGGAACGCUUCUGGGAACACGCCGCUUCACGUGUGCGCAGUAAACGCCCAAGACUCGUGCGCCAGGCAGCUGCUCUUCCGCGGCUGCGACAAGGAAUCCCUCAACUUCGCCAACCAGACCCCGUACCAGGUUGCAGUUAUAGCUGGAAACUUAGAGUUGGCCGAAGUGAUAAAGAAUUACAAAGCAGAGGAAGUUGUGCCGUUCCGUGGGCCGCCACGCUACAACCCGCGGCGGCGGUCGGCGACGUGGGGGGGCGCUUGGUGGAGGCCAGGGGACAGGACCUCGCUGGCCUCCUCCACCAGGAUCCCCGAAGAGCUGGACGCGUUGCUCCGCCGGCCGCAGACGACCGGCUCGCCGUGCUGCCUCGACGGGCCGUUCUCCUCCGCGUCGUCGAGCGUCAGCGACGCCAGCCACCGCAGCCACGAAGACGACGCGAGCAUCAUCACAGAUAAGAGCGCGGGCGAAGCGAGCGACGUGGUGUCGGAGUCCAGCGGAGUGGGUACCAGCGCGUCGGACACUGGCAGCGCGCCGCCCCCGGGGGCGACCGUCGUCUGCCUGAGGGCGCACGACUCCGCCGGCCCCGGACACCUGCGCCUCGCCCAGGGUGACAUCCUCGAAGUAACGGGCUCAACGGAGGACGGAUUGCUAGAAGGGACAGUGCGAGGUUCUGGCGCGUCUGGGCUUUUUCCCGCUCAUUGCGUCCAGGAGGUGCGGCUGAGGCAGAACACAGCGCACUUGCACCAAGUGCUGUCAGGAGGCACAAUGCAUCACUCUCGUGUCACCGGCCGCCGUGAGAUGGCGCUCAGCAAGACCUACAGUGCCACCGCGCCCCGAAUAAAGAAAAGCUACGGCAACAUGGAGACGCGCACCGUGGUGCUGCACCGGGCGCGGCGCGGCUUCGGCUUCGUGCUGCGCGGGGCCAAGGCGUCCUCGCCGCUGAUGGAGCUGAGGCCCUCCUCGCGCUGCCCCGCGCUCCAGUACCUGGACGACGUGGACGCGGGCGGCGUCGCGGACCGCGCCGGCCUGAGGAAGGGCGACUUCUUGGUUGCGAUCAACGGCGAGGACGUUUCGGCGGCCUCACACGAACACGUGGUGGAGCUGAUCAGGAGUUCGGGCGCUCUGGUCUCGAUGACUGUCGUCUCCUUGAGCAGUAAUGAUGGUGGGGUGGGUGGGAGCGAGAGCGGCGCUUGCACCGUUCCCUCCAGCAAAUCACAGACGCAACUCUCGAGCUCGGGCAGGCCGUACGCCGCAACGCUUCCAAGGAAGGCGGCCGGCGGCCGCAGCCCCGCCCCCGCCCCCCCGCGCCGCGACCCGCGCACCACCCUCAGCGUGGGCCGCGCCCGCGCCAAAUCCAUGGUGGCCGGCCUAGAAAACGGUGGAGAGAAGGAGGAAACAUGUGAACCCUCUCAGCGCCACCGGCAAGUCCUCGUCGGCGGAGUCGGUUCAGCAUCAGACCAGCCACAG